GGAAGCUCCCUGGUUUUUCUAUUUUCACUUGCGAAUUCCUAUGAGAAAAGAGUAUUCGUCGUCAUUUCAAUGGAGAAUUUGGAGUUGCAGGAUUUUCCUGAAGCUGAAGGGUUAAGCGUUUCUUAUAUUCUACCGAAAGGGCGUGGUCUCUUCGCAAAGAAAGCUUUCACUCCAGGAGAAGUGAUCAUCAGGGAAGAGCCAUAUGUUAAUGAAUCAGCAAGCCCCUUUCCUGUAUGCAAGGGAUGUUUCGAAUCCCAGGGCCUUUUGAAGUGUUCAGCCUGUCAGUUUGUAUGGUACUGUGGUAGCGAAUGCCAGAGGCUUGAUUGGAGGUUGCAUUGCAUAAGCUUGAAUAUCGUGCCUUCUCAAGGAUUGACUAGGCGUGGCACUAUUUUGUUACACCUGAGAUACGUGUAGUGGCAAAGCUCUACCUCCGGAGAAAGCUACAGAGUGAUGAGGUAAAUGUUUUUUUCCCAAAUUAGGCCUAUUUAUCUACAACCUGCUGUAAUGGUUUGAUGACUCUUUGUACUGAGACUUUGAUUAGUUCGUACUUUAUGGGCAUUAAUGUUGGGUGUAUAUAUCUAUCUAUCUAUAGAGAGAGAGAGGCUUGUUGAUUUUCCAUUGACUUA